AGAAAAGGUGAAAGGUUGUGGGAAUGUGUCAAUUUGCUGGUCGCCGGUUGGCAAAGUGGUCUCUCGUCUCUUACUUUCAACUUUGACAGAAGCCCGGUGUAUUACACCCGAGGUCGGUGUAGCUAGAUCGAUAUCUUAAUUUAAUAAGCGGACAUGGCCAAGAAACGAAGAGAAAGACGAGAGACCGAUAGUGUUUCGUCAGUAACGUUACACGAGGAACCGAAGACAACAUUUAACGAGGCACAAACCCUCAAAGAGACUCAAUACACUGGAGGGGGCUCAGCUCGCAUGUCUCUCCUCAUCCUGCUGUCUGUCUUCACCUGCGCUGCUUCUGUCAUGUACCUAGUGUACAGGAAUUUCCCAGAGCUCAACGAUGAUGAGAUGGCUACUAUUAAAAUCCCCAAAGAUAUGGAUGAUGCCAAAGCCUUGGGCACUGUACUUUCCAAAUAUAAGGACACCUACUACACCCAAGUGUUAGUAGCCUACUUUACCACCUAUAUCUUCCUCCAGACAUUUGCGAUCCCUGGAUCCAUCUUCCUCAGUAUCCUGUCUGGUUAUCUCUACCCCUUCCCCCUGGCUCUUUUCCUCGUCUGCCUGUGCUCUGGCCUGGGGGCUUCCUUCUGCUACAUGCUGUCUUAUCUAGUGGGGCGACCAGUGGUCUACAGAUACCUGACAGAGAGAGUCCAGAAAUGGUCCCAGCAGGUUGACAAGCACAGAGAUCAUCUCAUCAAUUACAUCAUAUUUCUGAGGAUCACUCCCUUUCUCCCCAACUGGUUCAUCAACAUCACCUCACCCAUCAUCAAUGUGCCUUUGGGGUUCUUCUUCCUUGGUACUUUCUUUGGAGUGGCCCCACCGUCCUUCGUGGCGAUAAACGCUGGUACAACACUGUACAAACUGACGACAGCUGGGGAGGCAGUGUCCUGGAACUCUCUGAUUGUGCUAGGUGUCCUGGCCAUACUCUCUAUCCUGCCUGUCUGCUUCCAGAAGAAACUGCAGCAGAAGAUAGAGUAGGCCCGAGACAACUCAUCUGCUUGCCUGAUCCCCCAGCCCAUCCCUUGGCUCAGGAAUGGUACACCCCGCUGUCACUCACAUAGUCCUGCCUGUUGCUGUCCCACACACCUGCCGAGGUUGCUGUGGAAACAUUGCUGUUGGCCCAACCCUGACUCCUGUGUCCAAAACAUGUGGUGGUGGCCACCUCAACUUUGUGCUCUACAAAGGACUAACUGGCCUCUGCUCAUCCUCGGGUUUGUUCUCCCAUUUUUUGUUAAAUGUUGCUUGCCUGUAAAACGAUUUAAGGAAGGAUACAGAAAACAUCAGGCAUCUGUCUUUAAUAUUGUUUAAUCACAAUUGUUCUCACAAGUUCAAGCUACACUUCCCUCCUUUGUAUUUCUUGAACCAUGUUUUGAAUUUAUUUAAUCUCUUAACCUGUGUGAUAUGGGUGACGUCAAAGCAAUACUGAUCAGAGUCGCAGUUUAGUGUUUUUGAUUUUCACAAAAUUUUAGGACUAUUGUUAUGACUGUUUUAUACACUGGUUAGAAUGUGAGCAUAUUAAAUCAUUUAGAAUGUUCUAUCAUUUGAAUAUAUUUUUAACACACCACCCUAAAAUGAUCUGUGUGCCAUCAAUGUUGACAUGAAAAAUAUGCAUAUGAACACAUAGUAAGAUAAAUAUGAAACUCUUGAUGCUUUUGUUGAGCCUAUCAGUAAACAUAUGAAACGGCAUAUCAAGUAUUGAAAACUAGUGUUUUGUAUAAUAUUAUUUUAUAUUUGUUCUACUAAUGGCGCUGAGACUCCCUCUCUGCCUGUGUGCUCUCCCUCGUGUGUCACCAGUCCAAAUGUUCUGCCAGUUGAGAAAUGCAGUAGUGGAUGACCCAGCAGUGCCCUUUGCAAAGCUACCAAUUAGAUUUUUAGUUGUUCAUGCUUUUCCCAGGUGUUAGUGAUUUCACACUGCUACUUCAUGUACAGUGCCUUCUGAAAGUAGUCACAACCCUUGACUUUUUCAUAAUUUUGUUGUGUUACAAAGUGGGAUUAAAAUUGAUUUAAUUGUAAUAUUUUUGUCAAUGAUCUACACAAAAUACUCUGUCAAAGUGGAAGAAAAAUUCAAACAUUUGUAAAAAUAAAACACUAAUAUACGCUACAUGACCAAAAGUAUGUGGACAUCUGCUCGUCGAAGAUCUCAUUCCAAAAUCAUGGGCGUUAAUAUAGAGUUGGUCCCCCCUUUGCUGCAGUCGGUGUUCCAAUUAAUCUCAAAGGUGGUUAAUGGGGUUGAGGUCAGGGCUCUGUGCAGGCCAGUCAAGUUCUUCAACACCGAUCGCGACAAAUCAUUUCUGUAUGGACCUCGCUUUGUGCACAGGGACAUUGUCAUGCUGAAACAAGAAAGGACUUUCCCAACACUGUUGCCACAAAGUUGGAAGCAUAGAAUCGUCUAGAAUGUCAUUGUAUGCUGUAGUGUUAAGAUUUCCCUUCACUGGAACUAAGGGACCUAGCCCAAACCAUGGAAAACAGACCCAGACCAUUAUUCCUCCUCCACCAAACGCACAGUUGCAUUGGGGCAGGUAACGUUCUCCUGGCAUCCGCCAAACCCAUCUGUCGGACUGUCAGAUAUUGAUGCGUGAUUGAUCACUUCAGAGUAUGCUUUUCCAGUGCUCCAGACUCCAAGCGGCGAGAUUUAAGUGAAAACUGUAACUAGGCCACUCAGAAACAUUAAAUGUUGUCUUGGUUAGCAACUCCAGUGUAUAUUUGGCCUUGUGUUUUAGGUUAUUGUCCUGCUGAAAGGUGAAUUUGUCUCACAGUGUCUGUUGGAAAACAGACUGAACAAGGUUUUCCUAUAGGAUUUUACCUAUGCUUUGCUCUAUUCUGUUUCUUUUGAUCAUAAACUCCCUAGUCCUUGCUAAUGACAAUCAUACACAUAACAUGAUGCAGCCACCCCCAUGCUUGAAAAUAUGAAGUGGCACUCAGCGAUGAUGUUUGGAUUUGUCCCAAACAUAAUGCUUUUUUAUCCAGAACAUAACGUUAAUUUAUUUUCCACAUUUUUUUUGUAGUUUUACGUUCGUGCCUUAUUGCAAACAGGAUACAUGUUUUAGAAUAUUUUAUUCUGUAUAGGUUUCCCUCUUUUCACUCUGUCAAUUAGGUUAGUAUUGUGGAGUAACUACAAUGUUGUUGAUCCAUCUCAGUUUUCUCUUAUCAUAGCCAUUAAACUCAUUAUGAAAUCCCUGAGCGUUUUCCUUCCUUCCUUUACACCAUCCAAAGUGUAAGAUCUUCACCAUGCUCAAAGGGAUAUUCAACGUCUUUUAAUUAUUUAUUUUUUAACACAUAUACCUACCAAUAGAUUCCCUUUGUGAGGCAUUGGAAAACCUCCCUGGGCUUUGUGGUUGAAUCUGCAUUUGAAAUUCACUCAAUUUAGGGACCUUAAUUAUAUGUAUGUGUGGGGUACAGAGUUGAGGUAGUUAUAAAAAAAAAAAUCAUGUUAAACACUAUUAUUGCACACAGAGUGAGCCCACGCAACUUAUUGUGACUUGUUGAGCACAUUUUUACUCCUGAACUUAUUUAGGCUUGCCAUAACAAAGGUGGUGAAUACUCAAGACUAUUCAGCUUUUCAUUUUUUAUUAGUUUGUAAACAUUUCUAAAAACAUAAUUCCACUUUGACAUGAUGGGGUAUUUUAUGAAGGGCAGUGACAAAAAAAUCUAAAUUGAAUACAUUUUAAAUUCAGGCUGUAACACAAGAAAAUGUGAAAAAGAGUCAAGGGGUGUGAAUACUUUCUUAAGGGACUGUAUAUAUUUCUUAGAAUCCAACCUGUAUGUAUCUGUUGGUGUGAUGCCUAAUUUGUACUAUGGUUUGGGUGCUUUGUUGUGAUUUUUAUUUAGCCUUACCUGAUGUCAUUAUAUGAAUUCUCUGCUGCUGUGAAACCUUCUGGUUGUAUCUAGAGGUUGAUGCAGUGAAUGUGCGCUUGGGCAGUCUUACUGUUGAUGUUUCUUCAAAGUCCAUGUCUCAAGCACUGUCCACUCUUCUGCAUCUGAGAUCACUCAUUAUUUAUGAAAAUUGAUUUUAAAAAGUGAGGAAUCAUUUUUUAUAUUUGGAUUAUUAACGAUUUUGCUUGGAUCCGCGUUUUAAUCCACUAUAGAAACCCCUUCUGAACAUGAGAAAAUACAUCUAAUUUGUUAGUAUUUAAUUACCUGAAUUAAUUUGUGUGGCCACUUAGCAUAUCUAAGGCUGUGUUUACACAGGCAGCCUAAUUCAUUUUUUUUCUCCCACUCAUUGGUCUUUUGACCAGUCACAUCAGAGCUUUUCUCAGAGCUGAUCUGAUUGGUCAAAAUACUCAUUAGUAAAAAAAUAGAUCAGAAUUAGGCUGCCUGUAUAAAAGCAGGCUAAGCGCUUCAUAAUUGCCACUUUGACUGUGUUGACACAGGCAGCCAAAUUCUGAUUUUUUCGACCGAUCAGCUCUUUUGCCAAUAAUUGGUCAAAAGAUCAUAACUGUUCUGCCUGUGUAAAAACAGCCCUACUGUAUCCCAAUCCCGCUGUUACCCAUCAAUUUCAUGACCUGUUUCAUGUGAUUUAGUUGUGUUAUUGUUAUUGUUGUUUGAAAUUUGGGCUUCACCUUGUUGUAGUUCAUAGAGGUUACAUCAUUACCUCAUCUUGAUUGCACUACAGUAGUUUUCAGAGGGAUCAAGCCCGAUGGGAGAUCCUGUAGCUGUUCAGUCAAUACAAAGUGUGUGCUCUUAUGAAAGCUGUUUUGGGGUUUAAUAAAUAAGAAUAUUUUGUUCCUUUGCCCUUA